AAACAGUUAUUCAAACCCUAAAUGGCGACUGCUUCGAGUUCUGAUCCGGUUAUGAAAUCGGAAGGAAGCGGCGAGACUUCCGAUGCGGCGGCGGCGAUGACUGCCACGGCGGCGACGGCGACGGCGCCGGUAGGUAAGAUGAAUAGUUAUCAGCAGCAGCAGUUGAUGGUAAAGUAUAAAGGAAUGAAGAAAUUGAAAAAGGAUAGUAGAGGUUGUACUGCUAAAGAACGGAUUAGUAAAAUGCCUCCUUGUGCUGCCGGAAAACGUAGCUCCAUUUAUCGCGGCGUUACUAGGCAUAGAUGGACUGGUCGUUAUGAAGCACAUCUAUGGGAUAAAAGUACUUGGAAUCAAAAUCAGAAUAAGAAGGGCAAGCAAGUUUACCUAGGUGCAUAUGAUGAUGAGGAAGCUGCUGCUAGAGCAUAUGAUCUUGCUGCCUUAAAGUAUUGGGGUCCUGGGACACUCAUUAAUUUCCCGGUCACAGACUACACAAGAGACCUUGAAGAAAUGCAAAAUUUAUCAAGAGAGGACUAUCUUGCAUCACUCCGAAGAAAAGGUAGUGGCUUUUCAAGGGGAACCUCUAAAUGUCGUGGAGUUUCCAGUACCAGAUGGGACUCACCGUUGGGACGUAUUUCUGGAGCUGAUUACCAAAGUAGCACACAGCAUGGUGAUGAUGCAACUAUUGAGAGCGAAUAUGUGAGUGGAUUUUGUAUGGAUAGGAAAAUUGAUCUUACACCUUACAUAAAGUGGUGGGGACCCAACAAGCUCCGUCAAUCCGAAUCUCAUGCGAAAUCAUCAGAGGACACGAACCAAGGUAGUUCCGAGGACAUUGGAAGUGACCUUAAAACGCCAGAGUGGGUAACUCAAUCCACCGAGCCCUAUCAACUACCUCGUUUGGGUGUGUCCCCUGAAGGACAACAACACAAAAGGUCAUCAGUAUCUGCCAUGAGUAUAUUAUCACGAUCUGCAGCCUACAAAAGCUUACAAGAGAAAGCGUCUAAGAAGGAAGAAAAAGACAUCGAGAAUGAUGAAAAUGAAAACAAAAAUAACAUCAACAGAAUGGAUUAUGGUAAGACAGUAGAAAAAUCAAGUCCGGUUGAGGCAAGUGAAGGAUUUGAAGCUUCACAAGGGUUGGAAAGUGGAGGAGUCCCUCUUCAGAGAAAUACAUACCCCUUGGCUCCUUUUUUGUCGGCACCACUUCUGACCAACUACAAUACUAUUGACCCAUUGACAGACCCGAUUCUUUGGUCAUCCCUUGUCCCUUCUCUCCGCACCAGAUCUUCACAGCCCAUGGAGGCAACAAAGACAGAGAGUACUUCAGAUUAUUGUUUCUUCCAACAAGAAGACUUGCUACCUCCAUGAUCAAAACUAAGAGGUGUGUUGUUUGUCCAAUUUAUCUUGGGAAAACUGCAUUUAUGUGAUAUCCAGAUAGCCGAGAAUGACAGUCCCAUACAGCCUUAGGACAGGAAAAUGUCAUGAUACGCACUUGCUGUGUUAGGUAAGUUUUGUUACAGAGAAAGUUGUGGAAAUAUAUAUAUGUGUAAGUAGAUGUUUAAUAGUAAAUCUGUUAUUACCAUAGAAGUUGUAUUUAUAAAGAGUACACAGCGAUAUGAAGUAAAGGGAAAAUGUCCAAAGUUUUUCGAA